AUGGCGGCUGCACCGUCGAGUUUGGGGACACAGUUUAGCGAAGAAUUGUCCUGCAGCAUCUGCCUGGAGCUGUUCACCAGGCCCAAGAUGCUGCUAUGCGGACACACCUUCUGUCAGGACUGUCUACAGGACCAUGCAAGCAGGCGCGCGCCCUUCCAGUGCCCAAACUGUCGCCAACAAGUCAGGCUGCCGAGGCAAGGGGUCGCUGGUUUACCUGACAAUCGUAUCGUGGCCAACAUGUGCGAGAGGUUCCAACAACAAGCUACACUAUCAGAGGAAAGAAGGGAGCAACCCCAGUCUGGAAACAAGUGCAGCUUCCACCCCGCAGAAGAAGUCAGGCAGUACUGUAAACAGUGCCAAGUGCUACUUUGUCAUGAGUGUUUCGAAGAAAGCCAUGAUGAACAUCCUAUAAUGAGCUAUAGAACAGCCAUCCAACAGCACAGAGGUCCAGUAGAGGCCUUGAUCACUGAGGGGAGGGGCAUCUUGGAGACCUACUGUAGCUUCGUCAGAGGUCUCAGAGAGGAGGAGAAAAGCCUGGAUGAUCAGAAACAAGAGGCGGACAGCAAAAUCCAGGAGGCCUACAGAGAAGCCUGUAAUCAAAUCUACCAAAUGCUGACCGAGGAAAAAGACCGUCUGUUGUCUGAAGUUGAGACGAACCACAGGCAAAACAAAGAAGCCGUACAGAGACAAAGAGACGCAGUUUUGGCUGAUGUUGCUGAACUGUCUUCUGUCUGUGACGGGACGGAGCAGGACAUGGAUAGAGAAGUGGGGCAGUUUCUCAGGCACGAAUCCAGACUAGCCGACGUCGUAGGGAAGUUCAAAGAAAAGUCAGAGCCAAUUCCACUUGAAAUACACCCUGAUGUCUUCCAGCCUACCGAGAACUUUACCUGUACACUGGGAAAGGUAACUGUUCCAGGUGCAACUGCAUCAAGCGGCGCCACAGCGGCCAUAGGUCAUCACCAUGGUAACCCAAGCCACACUGUGUCCUCAAUACAGAGGUUGACGUUUGGUGAAGGGGGUUCAGAACCGGGUCAGUUCGACGAUCCUGUUGGAGUGACAGUGUCAGAAGAGGGGGAGAUCUUCGUGGCAGAACACGGUAAUUGGAGAAUCCAAGUCUUCACCCUGCAGGGAACAUUUGUUCGACAGUUCCCAACAGUCGUGUCUGAUGAAGAGGAGAUGUUCCCAACAGAUGUGGCCCUGGACGGGGAGGGGAACCUGUGGGUUGUGUGGUACACAGACUCUGCUGACUUUGCUGUACAGUACAACAAACAGGGCAGGGUGCUGAGGACGAUUGACGUACAGGUGACAGGGUGGUACAGAGGAGUUGCCGUGGACACCAGGAGGAACCACAUCCUCAUCACACAAACCGCAGGAGGCUGGGGCAACAAACAUGCUGAAGUUUUGGUGUUCAGGCCAGAUGGAACACUUGUGAGAACUGUGGGUCAGCAGCAGGGGAUGGAGUACCCACAGUACAUCACUGUGGACGGGGAAGGGAACAUUCUUGUGUCAGACAGGGGCAAUAACUGUGUCUAUGUGUACAGGGAGGACGGACAGUUUCUGUUCAAGUUUGGAGGUGAGGAAAGUGGUGUGGGUCGGCUGAAGGAUCCCCGUGGCAUCUGUACAGACAGGGCAGGGAACAUCAUCGUGGCAGACAGCUGGAACGGCCGUGUGGAGAUGUUUGACAAGACAGGCAGAUUCCUCAAACACAUUGCUACAGACAUGACAGGUCCACGUGCUGUUGCCAUGGCACCACAGGGACAGCUGGGAACAUUUGUCAGACAAUUCCCAACAGUCGUUUCAGGUGAACAGAAGAUGUGCCCAACAGAUGUGGCCAUGGACGGGGAGGGGAACCUGUGGGUGGUGGGCCAUGGGGAGAUGAGGUGGCCGUGGAUAGGCUCUGCUGAGUUUGCUGUGCAGUACAACAAACAGGGCAGGGUGCUGAGGAAGAUUGACCUACAGAAGACAGGGUGGGCCAGAGGAGUUGCCGUGGACACCAGGAGGAACCACAUCCUCAUCACACAAACCACAGGUGACUUCCUCAACCCACAUGGUGAAGUUUUGGUGUUCAGGUCAGAUGGAACACUUGUGAGAACUGUGGGUCAGCAGCAGGGGAUGAAGUACCCACUGUACAUCACUGUGGACGGGGAAGGGAACAUUCUUGUGUCAGACAGUGAGAAUCACUGUGUGUAUGUGUACAAUGAAGACGGACAGUUUCUGUUCAAGUUUGGAGAUGAGGGAAGUGGUGAAGGUCAGCUGGUGUAUCCCCGCGGCAUCUGUACAGACAGGGCAGGGAACAUCAUCGUGGCAGACACGGGAAACAGCCGUGUGGAGAUGUUCGACAAGACAGGAAAAUUCCUCAAACACAUCACUACAGACAUGACAAGUCCAUAUGCUGUUGCCAUGACACCACAGGGACAGCUGGUGGUCACUGAUACUGUGGAUAGCACAGUCACUAUUUUCAAACAAAGCGACUGCGUAUAG